CAGUUGUUACUGCUGAGAGCAGGAGAGUGCCGGUGUGACCUGUCACCGCUGGGUCAUCGCUGGUCACCUCUGGUCACCCCUGGUCACCUUUUAUUGCCCCUUAUCGCCUCUUACCAACUCCUGCCUCUCAGCCGUCAUGUCUUUUCACUUCUUGUCACCUCUUGUCCUCUAAGCCCGGUCAUUGCCGCGGCUCGAUCCUCGCUCGCUCGGUGCCUGCCCGGGCCAUGUUCCUGCGCGGCGGCCGCGGGCUGCCCGGGCUGGUGGCCGUGUCCCCGCUGGCGUCCCCGGGCACGGCCCCGCUCACACCGCUGGCGCUGGAUAGGACUGAGCCGGCGGGCCCGGACAGGCACCGGGACACCCCGAGGAGGCGGCACGGGGGGCCGCCCCUCCCGCGGCUCUGGCACUCACUGGCCCCGCAGCCGGUGGCUUCCCGGGACUCGGUCUGCUCGCAGCCCACGGAGCCGUCUCCCCAGGUGCUGCCGUGGCAGAGUGAUUCCACCCAGGGAAUGAUCCAGGGAAUGGAGACGCUGGUGGCCACGCCAGUGAUAGAGAAGGAGAAGGCAAUGCUGCAUCCGGGGAAGCCGGACGAGUGCCGGCAGCUCUUCCGCACGCCCUCGGUGCCCGGCAGUGUCCCCGGGCCCGUCCCGAAGCGGAGAUUGCCCUCGGACAGGGACGGCCCUACCGAGGCCAAGCGGCAGAGGAGUGUGGCCGGCAGCCCUCAGCAGAAGGCAUCCCUGGAGCCGGGAGUGUGGCGGGAGCCUUGCGGGUCUGCCCAGCUCCAGGAGAUCGAGAACCUGCUGGCCAACGAUAACCAGGAGCUCACUGGGGACUUCUCCAAGCCUUACCUCCUGCCGACGGUGGAGGGGCAGGACCCGAGCCUGAAGUACAUCUCUCCUGACACGCUGGAGAAGGUGCUGACGGGGCGCUACAGCAGCUUCAUCGAGCGCAGCGUGGUCGUGGACUGCCGGUACCCCUACGAGUACCAGUGCGGCCACAUCAAGGGCGCUGUCAACCUGCCGCUGCAGCGGGACGUGGAGGAAUCCCUGCUGGAGCUGCCCAUCGUGGCCCAGGACGCCGGCAAGAGGGUGAUCGUCAUCUUCCACUGCGAGUUCUCUGUUGAGCGGGGGCCCAAAAUGUGCAAAUUCCUGCGGGAGAGGGAUCGCUCCUGCCACAGCUACCCGCAGCUGCACUACCCCGAGCUCUACGUCUUGAAGGGGGGGUACCGCGAGUUCUUCUCCCAGUUCCCGGGCCACUGCGAGCCCCGGGACUAUCGGCCCAUGGAGGACCCGGCUUUCAGGGAGGAGCUGCGCAGGUUCCGCGAGCAGAGCCGGCGCGGCCGGCGGGCGCUUUUCGUGCGCGGCCGGGACCUGUGAGCGCUCGGGGGAGCGGGGGGAAGGCCGGAGCUGGGGCCGCAGGAAGGGCUGCCUUGGCCGGGGAUGCGCCUCGCCUUGGGCUGGUUAGUUCGGAUGGAUUUUGGGUGGUAUUUAGGGCUAGGAUUGGGCUGGCCUUUGUUUAUCGCUAGGAAUAAUUCUUGUCCCUUGUUAUGAAGUUUUGCUUAUUGGGAUGAUUAUUUUUUGCUUGUUUAUUGUUAUGAAUAUUUUUUUGCGUUUCGCUGCUGUUAGGACCGUUUGUACCAGUCGUUGUUAAUAAACUCCCAUUGCAGGAGAA